GAAACACUCAUUCUGGACGACCUUUCAGAACACGAAAACAAAAAUACCGCUCAAAAAACUGAAAGAGAUGUAAGAUUGCUUGAAAGAUUUUUGAAAACGAAGGACGAAGACAGGAAAAUUGAAGAUAUUCCAGCGGCUGAGUUGAAUUAAUUCAUUAGCGAAUUUAUUAUCUCCGUACGCACUGAAGAUGGUAACGAGUACGAGCCGACUUCGCUUCGAAGUUUAAUGGCCAGCUUCGAACGACAUUUGAAGAAAAAGGGCUAUUCUGCCGGCAUAAUCAACGACUUGGUCUUUCAGAAAACCAGAAAAGUUCUUCAAUCCAAGCAAAAGCAGCUAAAGAAGCAAGGAAAAGGGAAUAAACCGAAAGCAUCGGUAGCUUUGACAACCGAAGAGUUAAAGAUAUUGUACGAGAAGGGUUUGCUCGGUAUGUGUAGUCCUGAGGCGCUAUUAAACACGCUCUGGCUAAACAACACUCUUCACUUUGGACUCCGUGGGUGCAAAGAACAUCGUGAUUUGUGUUGGGGAGAUGUAAAGCUUCACAAAACGGCAAAUGGAGUGGAAUACUUGGAGUUCAAUGAACGUCAAACGAAAACUAGAACUGGCUCAGACUACAGCAAUGUCAGAGCAGUACCGCCGAAAAUGUUUGCGACCGACGAAACUGAAAGAGAUCCUGUCGCAGUCUACAAAUUUUUUGCCAGGAAGAGACCCGAGGAAAUGAAUCAAGACAAUGCUCCCUUUUAUCUGGCCGUAAACAACGGUUUGAAGGCGGACUCGCUCGCAAGAAAAAGCUGGUUCAAGUCCGGUGCGGUUGGCGCAAACAAACUCAACGGUUUAAUGAAGACGAUGGUGCAUAAAGCAGGAAUCGAAAACGACAGGCUUCGAAAUCACAGCGGCGGAAAGACAAUGAUCCAGACGCUAAGUGAAAAUGACAUUCCCCUACGCAAAUUGCACAGCUAUCUGGCCAUAGGAAUUUGAAGAGCAUAGAAAACUACAGCACUGUUUCAACGAAACAACAGAUGCACAUGUCAAAAGUGCUAAGCAGUGUGGUGGCUGGUACUCCAGCUUCGUCCUCUUCUGAAACAGCUUGUCCGUCGUCCUCCGACUCCCAGAAUACCGGUAAGCAGUCCAUGGCACUAUUCAGCGGAGCUGUUAUUCAAGGUGGUAAUUUUUCCAUUUAUAUCAACACAGUAAAUCAGUCUCCGACGCUUACCAUAGAUCCGUCAAGUCCCGAAGCGGCGAGAUGGAAACGUCUGAGGCCUUUAGAACUGGAAAGUGACUCUGAUGAUAACUGA